AUGGACCGCUCUAUCAAUAAACUUGUCAACCUCUAUGCAUUUGAAGAUUACCUGAAUGCACAGGUGCGAUCACUGCCAGAACUACCAGAGGUAGAACAAGUCUCGUCUCGAGUGUUCCGCAUACUUGGUGGCAAUCCUGGUCACAUGCAACUUCAAGGCACCAAUACCUAUCUAGUUGGCACAGGUACCAGAAGAUUACUCAUUGACACCGGACAAGGCAUGCCCGUAUGGAUCGAUCAUGUGGCGGAACUGCUUUCCAAGCACGAUAUCACCAUCAGCCAAGUCCUCCUGACACAUUGGCAUGGCGACCACACGGGCGGCGUGUCUGACCUCUUACGACUCUAUCCAGAACUCAAGGAGUCAAUCUACAAAUGUGAUCCAGAUAAUGGACAAAAGCCCAUUGUCGACCGUCAAAUAUUCCACGUGGAGGGCGCGACAAUCCAUGCUCUUUUCACACCGGGUCACUCGGUUGACCACAUGUGUUUCUUCCUGGAAGAGGAAAAUGCCCUUUUCACCGGCGACAAUAUUCUCGGGCACGGUACCACUGCCGUGGAAGAUUUAUCGUUGUAUAUGGCCAGUCUGUGUAAAAUGCAGGAUCAGUGCUGCGAGAUCGGGUACCCGGGACAUGGCCAGGUAAUCUGUAACCUUCGUCGGGUGUUCCAGUCUGAGAUUGGGCGGAAACAGAGACGAGAGCGUCAGGUUAUUGCGGGCCUGAAGGCGCUUCGGUUGAAAAGUAAAGAGGGCGCUGCGCCGAGAGAACUAGUGUCACAUGUCUUUGGUGCCCUUCCUGAAGAGGUGAUAGAGAAUGUUUUUGAGCCAUUUAUGAAAGAGGUCUUGAUGAAGCUGGCUGCGGAGAAGCGCGUCGGGUUUCGAUUCAAAAGUGGCCAUAGGGUUUGGUUUGUUAAGGAGUAA